CCGCCCGCUGCUGAGAUCACCUGCCAUCCCACGAGAGGGCCACGAGCGCUAGUAGUAGUUGUAGAUCUCGAUCUAACAGCGAGAGAAAGACGCUUCAGCCGUGGCGAUGUAGGGGCCGUGAAAGUCGAACAGGAUAUCGUCUGAUUUGUGGAUAUAUGUACAAAUACACACUAAAAUAAUGUGCGAAUAGAUGUUUGUAAUAGUGAUUCUGUGAUUGAACAGGUUACUUAACCUGCUCAUUUAAAUCAGGGGCAUUAACUCAUGCCUGAUAGUUUCAUCAAGAAGAGGCUACUCUGCACAAAAAAAUGUUUCACCAUGAGACUUCAUUUCUGCAUAUAAUAAUGAUUGCCUUAGUCAUGGCAGGGCAGGUAGCCACAGCACAGAAUGUAGAGUCAGAUAUCCAAAAGGAGCGCAGGAUUACUGUCAAAGGAAAUAGGUUCAACCUUCAGCCAAAAGAUGUGGUCCAUAUCAAACAGACUUUGGACUUCUCAUCAAAAAUGUCCUCCAGCGUUUCUUCAACUUCUCGAAGCCCUCUUCGGCAACCUAACAGGUCACCAGCAGGUCCCAAAAAGAGGUCAGGGCACCGCAGUGAUAAACCAAACAUCAUUGUGAUUCUUACAGAUGAUCAGGAUGUUUUACUUGGUUCACUUAAGUAUAUGCCUAAGGUUCAAAACCUCCUCAUUAGGCAAGGGGUUUACUUCAAUAAUUCCUUUGUGACGACACCGAUGUGCUGCCCAUCAAGGAGCAGCUUCUUGACAGGCUUGUAUCCGCACAACCAUAAUAUCUUCAGCAACAAUGCUAACUGUUCAUCACCUGAGUGGCAGAAGACACAUGAGCCUAGAGUGUUCUCAAACUAUAUCAAUGAUAGCUAUCUCACAGGCUAUUUUGGGAAAUACUUGAAUGAGUAUGAUGGUGCUCAUACACCCCAAGGCUGGCAGAGGUGGUUUGGCCUCAUUAAGAACUCACGAUUCUAUAACUACAGCAUGGUGGAUGAGAAUGGGGUCAAGACAAGGCACUAUGACAACUACUAUGCUGAUUACUUGACUGAUCUUAUUUCUAAUGAAAGCCGGGCAUUCAUCCAUGACAGCAAAAAGAAGUUUCCAAAUAAGCCUUUGAUGAUGGUUUUAAGCGUGCCAGCUCCACAUGGCCCUGAGGACUCAGCACCACAAUAUCAACACAUGUUUGCCAACAACACAGAUCAUAGAACGCCAUCGUGGAACCAUGCCCCAAACCCUGACAAGCAGUGGCUCCUCCAGUAUGUCUAUCCCAUGACACCUCAGUUGAAACUGUUUACUGAUCUCCUGCAGAGAAGAAGGCUACAAACUUUACAGUCAGUGGAUGAUCUUGUAGAAAAUAUUGUCGAAGAGCUGGACUUCCAAGGUGAAUUGGACAACACUUAUAUUAUUUAUACUUCGGAUCAUGGUUACCAUCUUGGCCAAUUUGGCCUGAUAAAGGGCAAGGCCAUGGCCUUUGACUUUGACACCAAAGUCCCCCUGAUUGUGAGAGGGCCAGGCAUACGACCGGGAACCAUUAUUUCCAACAUCAUAUCUAAUGUGGAUAUAGCUCCAACUGUCAUUGAUAUGGCUAGAGAGGAAGUCCCUGAACACAUGGAUGGAGAAUCCUUCAUGAAACUGAUCAGAGCUGCUCAAGACCCUACAAGGGUGGACAAACGAGGUUUUGUGAACAUCCCCAACAAGCCUUGGAGAGACACAGUGCUACUGGAAAGAGGAAAGGUAACUGAGAAGAUGAUGAAACUCAAAAUGAUGAGUGAGGAACUGACGCUAAUCAACCAGCCUGUCAGCUCCAAGCGUAUUCAUUAUUACAUUCCAUCACGGACCAGGAAAGUCUCACUUGAAUGUCAUAGGAGGGAGAAUCAGUUGCCAUGCCAACCUCAACAGAAAUGGUAUUGCCUGGAGGAGAAUGGCCAGUUCAGUAAACACAGAUGCCGCUCGUCUGCUGUAACCCCUACCAACAAGAGUAUGAGCAAUGCUGAGACAGAGUCCAUCCUGAAAGACCAGCCUGUCAAAACACAGCCCUGCCCGUGUCUACCCAAGCUAAACAAGAAGUCCAACAAACAAGAGAAACACAAGAAGAACAGGAAGAGACAUACCCAUCACAAAAGUCAUUUAAAAGUGAAAAGAUUUGCAGACACCAAUGGCAGUGUACUCCCAACAACCGCAGUAAGCUUAAGGCAAAAUAGCUUUGAACCACUGUUGAGUCCAAGGUGUCGUCUGGCCAACCAGUCAGUCAUUUGCGACAUUCACCUCAACAAAACUACAGCAGAAUGGGAGAACCAAAAGGAAACCAUUGACAUUAUGAUCAAAGAGUACAAAAAGGUUUUGGAUGACCUCAAGGACCUCCGUAAACAGCUCAGAGAGCACAAGCUUGUUGAUGCUGUGACUAAAAAUAAUUCAGCAGCAGAGGAAGAAAUUGUGAUCGAAGAUGAUGAGAUUUGUGAGUGUGAUGAGAGCGGGAACAUCAUAGACCCAAAGAAAAUGAAAAAAGUUGACAGUAAGAUUGUCAAUCCUGGAAACAAGACAUUGACACGGGAAGAGAGACUGAAGAUGCGUCGACUACGUAGAAAAGAGAAGACCAGUUCCUGUAAUCUGGAAAGUAUGAACUGUUUUACACAUGACAACAAUCAUUGGAAGACUCCACCUUAUUGGACUUAUGGUCCAUUCUGCUUCUGUGCAAAUUCUAACAAUAACACCUACUGGUGUUUGCGGACAAUCAACCAAACACAUGACUUUCUGUACUGUGAGUUCAUCACGACCUUUAUGAAUUUUUAUGAUUUGAGGAAAGAUCCUCAUCAGUUGAAGAACAUUGCCACUGAGCUCAAUUAUGGAAUAUUGCAACAGCUCCAUGAAGAACUCAAGAAACUAAAACACUGUAAGACUAGCAAAGACUGUUAUCUCAGCAGUAGUCAAAAAAACAGACUUCCCCAUGACCCUCAGUGGCCUGGCAAACAAUACUUGUCAUCCCAGAAAAAAAACACACAUCAUCAAGAUUACAGCGUGGAGCUGGAAGACUACAUUUAUGACGAUGAAGAGUACUCAGACGAAGUGGAUAUCAGUGACAGACAAGAGCAGUCAGACUUCGACUGACAGAAUAGAACAGAAGUGGAUAUCAGUGACCUACAAGAGCAGUCAGACUUCGACUGACAGAGUAGAACCGUUGGACUUUGGUUAUUACUGAUCAUAGAAGAUGUAAAAAAAAGAAACAUAAAACAAUUAAUUUAUAAUCUUAAAGCUAAUAUUUUAUUUCUUUGUUCUGUUUGUUCAUACAUAUUUAUGCUGUUGAAAUGCUUGUUGAUAUAUUUUUAUUUUGUGUAUAUUAUGUUACAGUUUCAAAUGUUAUGUUUAUUUUGAUAUAGUUGUACAAGACAAAUAGUUUGUUGGCAUAGAAUAUUUGUGCGAUUUCAAUAAGCUUUCUCAUUUUAUGUAAAGCUUACAAAACUGGUUGUAGAAUUUGAAAUCCUUUACUUAUAAUAUAAUUAUAUUUCAGAAAGGAUAUCCCCUGCCGAUGAGAAAUGACUAUACCAUAGCUUUGUAUGGGAAUGUUUGCUAUGUAUUUGUUUAUAGUGGACUGGGAGAGACCCAGUCAAUGUUGAUGGCAAAGUGUCAUUGUGUAAAAUGGCUUCAUUUAAUGUGGACCUCAUGGCUUUUGAAUGGUAUUUGUGUUUAUACAUUUCUGAUCUUUUUUAUAGUUGUUACUUCCCCUUUUCUCAUAAAACACCAUGCUUCCUUUUUUUUCUUCUAAUUAUUAGAUUAUGGGAAUUAUGUGGUGUAUGCAUUCUUUGCCAUGUAAUCCACUGUUUCAUUCUUGUGUCCUAGAAGAGCUAUUGGUUGGAAGCUUAUUGUAAAAUUACAGUGAUUGGUUUUAUCAUGUCCCUUCCUGACUGCCCUUGUUCUUGGUGACCUGUAUUUAUUAAGCUUUAGUCACCUGAAUGAGUCUCGUUCAUCUUUUUAUAUGUAGAGAUUAUGAUUUUGAAGUUCGAUCUAUACAUAUAUAUAUAUAUAUUCAUUCUAGAAUGAAACUUAGGACCUCAGGCUAAUCAUCUGCUGGCUGCCAUUUGAUGACGAUGGCUGAGGUGUAAGCUUUGGGACUAUGUUUCUGCAGUCCAAUGUGUCAACCAUGACAUAAGUAUUAUUGGUGUUUGUUCAGAUCUGCGAGUAAUUUGUUUUGCAAUUCUGCUGAGCUAAAAAUAUAUGAAUGGUUUCAUAAUACACUUCUCUGAUUAUCUCCCUGCUGACCUGUUUCCAUUGAACAUUAAAUAAUAAUUUUUAAAAAUUCUUAAGAAGCUGAAAUUUUCUUUAUGAUGUUUGUUUUUCUCUAUUGAAUGUUAUGUAAUUGUUAUGUUUCUGAGUAUGUAAGCAUUUUUUCAUCUUUGUCAUAUAGUAUUAUGUGUGUCAUUUCCCAAACUGUGCAGUGAUUGCUCCUCUGCAGAUUACUUUUAUAAGCUGCACCAUUUAAUUGUGUAUUUAUUGCUUUCAUUCUGUAGCGAUCAGAGAUAAAUAUGUCUAUUUUGAUUCAUUAUGUUACAUACCAAUGUAUUUAAAAAGUCUACAAAAUGGUACAGAAACUGACAAAGCUAAAUUGUAUCAAAACAUGGAUAUGUGUAGGACAUAAUUUUCUUCUAUUAGGAAGGAACAUCUGUAAUUUAUAAGAUAAGAAGGUCAGUUCAUCUGAACAAAUCUUCAUGUAAAAAGUAAAGAAACGUUUCUCUUUCAGACUUUGAGAUCUAUAGGGCAAAUUAUGUUAAGAUCAUUUGGGUUUUUGUUUGGCCAACAGUUAAUGAAUAGGUUAUCAUGUGGCCAGCACAAUGAUCAACCACCUUUACUUUCCCAAACUUAGCUAAGUUACCUACUAGCUAUUUUGUUUUGUGAAUUCAGAACUGAUGACCAACAUUUAGCUAUUUUGUUUUGUGAAUUUAGAACUGAUGACCUAAUGUUUAGCUAUUUUGUUUUGUGAAUUCAGAACUGAUGACCUAAUUUUUAGCUAUUUUGUUUUGUGAAAUCAGAACUGAUGACCUAAUUUUUAGCUAUUUUGCUUUGUAAAUUAUUAUUAUAGCUUUUAUAUAGCGCUACUUUCAUGCUUAUAGCAUGCUCAGAGCACUUUUGGUCCAAUCACUUUUGUGGACCAGUGGGGGGGAGGGGGUAUCUAGGAGUUGGUUUUCCGUGCUGCCUUUAGGCACUCAGUAAACACAACUCUGCCCGAGUCGGGUGUUGAACCUUGGGCCCCCUUCUAGGUAGCCAAGUUGAAGCGUACUUGGCCUCUUGACCACGCUUCCCAGAACUGAUGAUCUAAUGUUUAGCUAUUUUGUUUUGUGAAUUCAGAACUGAUGACCUAAUGUUUAGCUGCAUUGUUUUUGGAAUUAAAGAUUUAGGUGUCUUUUUUCUUUAAACAAAUAUAAAUUGGCAUUAAACUCAUAGCAUUUAUUACUGUAUAUUUGAUUGUUGAUAGACUGCUGGAAGCCAUUCUGUUUGGUAACAGACCACAUAGUAAGACUUGAUUGUUGAUUUGGCCAAUACAAGCUAUUACUUACUUAGACCCAUGCCAUUUGGUGCUUAAGGGGGAAGCUCUCUCUACAGAAUUCAGUCAUUCAGUCUUCCCAUCUGUUGCCCACAGAUUUUAGGCUCACAUAUUCCUAUAACGUCCCAGGUUUCCGAUUCUUUCAAAAGUUGAUCCAGUUUAACCCAUUGGUGUAGGGUCCUUGCAUCCCAUGUGCCAAUUAGGGUUUCUGUUAUUUUUGCAUUCAAAGGCUUGCCAUGUAUGGGGGCAUUGGCUGCCCUAUUGCAUAACUAUUCAUCGUAAUCUUUCCUUUGCAUUCCUCAUGGAACAUAAAAAGUAAAUUUCCCCUUUCAGACCUUGUGAUCUAUAGGGCAGAUGAUGUAAAGGUCAUCUGUUUCUGUGGCCAGCACAAUGACCAACAGCCCUUACUUUUCCCCAACUAAUGUCAGGUACCCAUUAGAGCUAGGUGGACUCAGAGGCGCCUUAAGAUCCCAAAAUUAAAAAUCCCAGUCUUCAUCAGGAUUUGAACCCAGGAACCCAGUUCAAAAUCAGCCACUGCACCUCCCAUGGAACAUAGGGCCUCAGUAAAAACAUGCCACUUUCCACAUUCUCUUGCUAGUUUUUAAUGGCUUCCCAGCUCUUUCCUGUCUUCUCGAUUUCAGCUAGUUCAUUGCGUCGGCACAUAUUUUUGGUCUUCCUCUGCGUCUUUGUGCCCUGGGGGGCUCCACUAUUGACGAUAAUAAACUUAUUUUUUUAAGGAAUCUCUGUAAUGUAAUAUAUAAGAAUAGAGAAAUUCAUUUUGAAUUCUGAGAUUGACAACUUUAAGUCAAUUGUUAGUUGUAAGACAAUAUGUGGAACUGUAUACAUUGUGACCAGUUUUAGUGCCAUUUCAUUAUGUUGGUACAACAUCACCUAUUUCUGAUCUGAAUUGACUUUAUGACUUAUGUACAGACAGUCUACGUUGAUGUAUUCAUGAUGACAUGUACCUACUGCUUCCAUGUCACACAAUUGUUGUGUGUUGUAGACUAUUAAAAGAAAGUUCUUGUCUUUUUUUUUUCUUCUCUCCAAUUGGUCUGUGUUAAACAAAAUGGAUUUUUUUUAAAGAGCAGUUCAAAUGUUACAAAAUUAAAAAAAAACAUGUCAAAUUUUU